CCACAAAACCCCCAAUAAAAAAGUGAAUUCCUUUUACUCCUUUAUUUUUGGUUUGUGUUUUUGUUAUUCUUCCAAAGACCAAUCCCAAACACGAAGUAAAGGUAGAAAUUUCCAGAACUCACAGCAACAACAAACCUCUCUUUCUUUAUAAGACUAAGUCUAAUAAAUUGCUUAAUUUAUCAACAAGAUGAGCGUGGUAGGUUUUGAUGUUGGCAAUGAGAGCUGCAUUGUUGCUGUUGCACGGCAAAGGGGCAUUGAUGUUGUGCUUAAUGAUGAAUCGAAGCGUGAGACACCAGCUGUUGUAUGCUUUGGUGACAAGCAGAGGUUCAUUGGGACUGCAGGGGCUGCAUCAUCUAUGAUGAACCCCAAAAACACAAUUUCUCAGAUUAAACGUUUGAUUGGACGACAGUUCUCUGACCCUGAGUUGCAAAGGGAUCUGAAGUCGUUGCCAUUUGCUGUCACUGAAGGUCCUGAUGGAUUUCCUUUGAUACAUGCUCGAUACUUGGGUGAGAUGAAGACGUUUACCCCUACCCAAGUUCUGGGAAUGUUGUUGUCAGAUUUGAAAAGCAUAGCUGAGAAGAAUCUGAAUGCAGCUGUGGUAGAUUGCUGCAUCGGAGUUCCUGUUUAUUUCACUGAACUUCAAAGAAGAGCUGUGUUGGAUGCAGCCCAAAUUGCAGGGUUGCAUCCCCUCCGCUUAAUUCAUGAAACUACAGCCACAGCAUUGGCUUAUGGCAUUUAUAAGACAGAUUUGCCUGAAAAUGACCAAUUGAAUGUUGCCUUUGUGGAUGUUGGCAAUUCAAGUUUCCAAGUAUGCAUAGCUGGUUUCAAGAAGGGUCAACUUAAGAUAUUGGGUCACUCUUUUGAUCGGUCAUUGGGUGGUAGAGAUUUUGAUGAAGUUCUAUUCCAGCAUUUUGCAGCCAAGUUCAAGGAUGAAUACAAGAUUGAUGUUUUCCAGAAUGCCCGAGCCUGCCUUCGUCUUAGAGCUGCGUGUGAGAAAUUGAAGAAAGUUCUUAGUGCCAAUCCUGAGGCACCUUUGAAUAUUGAAUGCUUGAUGGAUGAAAAGGAUGUGAGGGGCUUCAUCAAGAGGGAUGAGUUUGAACAAAUUAGUGCUCAUAUUUUGGAACGUGUGAAGAGGCCUUUGGAGAAGGCUCUUGCUGAAACUGGGCUUUCAGUUGAGAAUAUUCACAUGGUUGAGGUUGUUGGAUCAGGUUCUCGUGUUCCUUCCAUAAUCAAAAUCUUAGCAGAUUUCUUUGGGAAGGAGCCUAGGCGUACAAUGAAUGCAAGUGAAUGUGUUGCCAGGGGCUGUGCUUUACAAUGUGCAAUCCUUAGUCCUACAUUUAAAGUGAGAGAGUUUCAGGUAAAUGAGAACUUCCCAUUUUCAAUCGCUUUGUCAUGGAAAGGAUCUGCACCAGAAGCUCAAAAUGAAGCAUCUGAUAAUCAGCAAAGCGCUAUUGUGUUUCCAAAGGGAAAUCCAAUACCUAGUGUUAAGGCUUUGACUUUCUAUAGGUCAGGUACUUUCAAUGUAGAUGUCCAGUAUGCUGAUGUGAGCGAGUUGCAGGCACCUGCCAAGAUCAGUACUUAUACGAUUGGUCCCUUCCAAUCUACUAAAAGUGAACGGGCUAAAGUGAAAGUCAAAGUUCGUUUGAAUUUGCAUGGAAUUUUAUCUAUUGAGUCAGCAACACUCUUGGAGGAAGAAGAAAUUGAGGUUCCAGUCACAAAAGAGGAAGAAAAGGAAGCUGCUAAGAUGGAGACUGAUGAGGCUCCUGCUGAUCCUGCUAUCCCAAGUUCCAACGAGACUGAUGUAAAUAUGCAAGAUGCUAAGGCUAGUUCUGAUGCCCCUCGUUCUGAAAAUGAUGUUCCCGAGGCAGGUGAAAAGACUGCUGAAAUGGAGACUGAUGCUAAGGCUCCGAAGAAGAAGGUGAAGAAAACAAACAUCCCUGUAUCAGAAUUGGUAUAUGGUGGAAUGGUACCACUGGAUGUGCAAAAGGCUGUGGAGAAGGAGUUUGAAUUGGCUCUGCAAGAUCGAGUAAUGGAAGAAACUAAAGACAGGAAAAAUGCUGUUGAGGCUUAUGUCUAUGACAUGAGGAAUAAGCUUUGUGACAAAUACCAGGAAUUUGUCACUGAUUCUGAAAGGGAGCAGUUCACUGCCAGACUUCAGGAAGUUGAAGAUUGGUUGUAUGAAGAUGGUGAGGAUGAAGCCAAAGGUGUUUAUAUUGCUAAGCUUGAGGAGCUGAAAAAGCAAGGUGACCCCAUUGAAGAGCGUUACAAGGAGUUCACAGAAAGGAAUUCUGUGAUUGAUCAACUUGCUUACUGUAUCAACAGUUACAGAGAAGCAGCUAUGUCCAGUGAUCCCAAAUUCGAUCACAUUGACUUGGCUGAAAAGCAGAAGGUAUUGAAUGAGUGUGUUGAAGCGGAGGCCUGGUUGAGAGAGAAGAAGCAGCUUCAAGAUUCACUUCCCAAAUAUGUUGCUCCUGUUCUCUUGUUAGCUGAUGUGAGAAUGAAGGCUGAAGCACUGGACAGGUUCUGCAGGCCGAUAAUGACAAAACCAAAGCCAGCUAAAGCAGCCACUCCUGAGGCUCCUGAAACCCCACCUCCUCAGGAAGGUGAAUCUCAACCAGACGGAGGUGAUGCUCAUCCAAAUGAAAAUGCAGGAAAUUCUACUGGUGAGGCACCACCAACAUCUGGAGAACCAAUGCAGACCGACAAGUCAGAAAAUACUUAAAAGAGUUUUAAUUGGAGUGGGGUUGUCUUUUAAUGAUUUGUGCAGGCCAAAAACUUGAUUCCCACUUUUUAGAAUCUUUAUUUACAUUAGGUGGGCUGAUGACGUGAAAGAGACAGGGAUAUGUUCGUGGCACUUGUUUUAAAGGAAAAAAAAAACAUGUAAUGCCUUGAUUCUGUUAGACGGUCUACCACAUUUUAUUGUUGUUAGGAGUGGGUCUUCAGAAUCCCUUUUUUAACAUGGGUUUUUCAGAGAGUUAAACUGCAAAGGUUAUCUCGUCUGUUGGGCGAGACAGACUCGCUCCUAGAAAGAUUGUUUUUUUAUUUGUCUUAUCAAGGAUUUGCCAACCCUCGGUGCAUUUUUUUA